AUGCUGAUUACUAUUGCAAUUGUGUCAUAUUUGAUGGAAAUAUUUUCUGGGGCUGUAAAUAGAAAACUUUUAUUGUAUUCAGUUUAUCUUAACUCUUUCUCUUAUAUUCCUUAUGAUUUUGCAGAAUAUACAAGAAAAAUCCUGGUCAAUGCAGAAAGGAGACUCUAUUUGAUUGAAUCUUUGAAAGGUUCUAUUUAUGAGAGUAAAAUUGGAAGCUGCAUGGAUUGGACAUGGAUUGCAGACUCAACAAUUGAUUUUAAUCCUUUCCAAGUAUAUAGCUUAUACAAUAAAGGAGUAAUUUAUAUUGGGUGCUUAGUCGAUUAUAGAACUGUAUGCUUCAAGCUUAAGCUGCGUAAAAGAAGAAAAAUGACUUUAGAAAAGAUCUAA